UUUGUGUAUGACCGCUAACUGAAAAAUAUUUUAGGAUUGUGCAAAUCAGUUUGUAAAAUAAUUACAAUUUAUACACACGUUUAAGUGCCAAAUAAUAGUAGAUAAUGAUAUGUAUUUAAUUUAAGCACGAAAAAAAUCAGUUUUCUUUACAUCAAAAUGAGGGAUUCCUUCCUGUUGCUGAUGGCGCAUUCGCUUAUCGGCACUGGCUUCUUUUUUCUGUAUGUGCAUCAUUUACGCUCAAUUUAUGAGUCUCGUACGAGUAUUGCACAUAUGACCCAACUGGAGCGUGAAGCUAUGCUACGACAGGAAGAUGCACUUUAUUUUUCAUUUUAUAAAACAUUAGUAUCGGAACCGAAUUUUAUGAACGGUAUUGAAAAAUUAAAAAAUGUAACUGAUAUUGAGCACCCACACCACGUUAAUGUGCUUCAAAGAUUCUAUGUAUUGCCAGAAGUGACAAUUGCGUUCUUAUAUAGAUACAGUGGUUAUCAGAGAUUCUCCAUGUUGACUUGUUGGCGUUCAGGUGAUAUGAGCAUGACAGGCGAAAGAUGUGAUGGAUUUGCACAAGCCAUGCAAUUUUACUUGGAAUUUGUUUGGUUAUUGGGAGGCUUAACGUUGGUUGUUAUUUACUUAUAUAGCACGUUGUUAAGUGAGAAUGUUUUUGGUGGCAUUUAUGCUGUUGUUUCCUACAUAAUGUUCCAUAGUUAUGCAUCGAAAAUAUAUGAAAGACCAAUGGCACGGGAAAAUUUUGCAUUUCCUUUUAUUUUACUACAAAUGUUUUAUCUAAGCGUGUGCAUUCAAAAAGUUUUUAAGCAGAAAGAAUAUCAAUUUAGCACUUUUGCGAUGUUGAAACUGACGUUGCUUACGGGAAUAUCACUUUUAUGUUGGCAAUUUUCCUCUAUUAUAUUUGCUACACAAAUUAUUAUAAUGAUGACACCAUGGAGUUUUAGUUCUAUCGACAAUUCUGUAUCUUGUUCUUUUACAUUUUUUUAUGCGCUCUCACAACUUUUUGGCAACGUUUUAGCCUAUUACUAUUCCAGUUAUAGUUCGAAAUUUAUUUAUAGUUGGCAGAUUGGACCUGCAAUUAGUUUACUAAUAAUCAGUCUUACAAGAGCACGACAAGAGGAUGUGUCAUUUUCACUUAAAAGUAUUGGAAUGGGUAUAUUAUUAGCAUUCAGUGGACAAGGUACUACAAUAAAUAUAUUGGAAAAAGCCGGCAUCUCACGUUCUAUUGACAACACAUAUGCCAUAUAUCGUGAUCUUAUACUAAACUGGCUUCUUCAAGCCAAAGUCAAUUUUUCCACAAGUCUUGCUGCUUGCAAUCCUGAUUUGAAACGCAUGGAUUGGCUCGAUUUAUGGGAAUUAGUUAAAACACUUAUUGUAAAACCAUAUUGUCUUUAUGGUGUAGUAAUGCUAGCCAAAUUCUUUCGUAAAUGGCGCAAAAAGAAUGAACAAAAAACUCCGAGUAACGAUCAUGUAGAACGAGCCAAGAAUUAUGUGCUUGAAGAUUUUUUGGAAGAAAAUCAUAUAUCGAUGAAUGACAUGACCAACAAAGCAACGGAAAAUGAUCUCAAUGAAUGCUUUAAAUUGUUAGAAGAAUGUGAUUUUGAUUACGAACGUUAUAAAAUUAAAAAAUCUGAAAUAAAUAAUAAACAAAGUGAUGAGCAUAUAGAGUUUAUGAAUGAUAUUAAGAAGCUCAGGGAACAAAUACAUGAACUGCAGGAUAAGGAGCAGAAGACAAAGCAAUUGACUGCACAGCCAAUAACUGUGGACAAACAAACUUCUACCACCUCAGAUACGAAACCAAAACCGUCCAAAAAUGUCAAAACACAAACAAAUCUCACUGGUAGUUGUAGUACAAAACGUGUAAAAUCAAAUAAAAAUACUGCUAAACGUUCUAGUACGAGUAAUAGAUCACCGAAUCGUGUAGAUAUGCGAGAAGUUGAUGGCAAUACAACUACUGGUGCAGCUAUUAUACAAAAUGACUUUUUAAGCUUUCACUAUGUAUAUAGCUUCGUACAAAUGAUCGUCUUCACCUUAAUUGGUUUAAGCAUUAAGAAACUAUUUUUCCUAUGUUUUACUCAAGGUUGUGUUAUAACCCCAACAAUAUGUUCCAAAUUUUGGUAUCGAAAGCAAAGAAACAUAUUUUGGACUGUCUCAUUGGCGGUAUUUCUGACAAGUUUACUUGAUCCAGGCUUAGUGAAUGUUCGUGAAGAAUAUUUCCCGAAACGCGUAACAAAUUCCAACGAUGACGUCGAAACUAUGUUAGAAUGGAUUAAAUUGAAUACAGAACGAACAGCUGUAUUCGCUGGACCUGUUGAUAUUAUUGGAACAGUAUACUUGACAACGAAACGACCUAUUGUUAACCAUGCACAUUUAGAAAUGCGACAAAUAAGCGAUCGAACAGAACACGUUUACUCUAUAUUUAGUCGGCAACAAUCAUCGGAUAUUUAUAAUCAAUGCUCUCAAUUAAAAAUACAAUACGUAAUAAUAACUUUAAAAGAUUGCACAAAUGAAAUUAGAGAUGAUUGUGAUAUAUUAUCACUUUGGGACGAUAUGCAGCCGGCAUAUCGUAAAUAUCCACAGUUUUGUUCAGAAUUAAUAAAUAAAAAUGUUCCGAGCUUCCUGAAGGUAUUCUCCAACAAUCAUUAUGCCAUCAUAAAAAUGUUCUCGCAAAGUGUACAAAUAAAUCUAAAAUACAGUAGAAUGCCAGAGAAGUCUAUUUGAGAUUCAAUCAAUUAGAUAUAUA